ACAAUGUAUUUAAAUACCUCUGAUUGUUCUCAUCCUUCCCCAAAUCUCCAAAUUCCUUUUGGCUACUCUGAUCUGAUUACCUUUGAGAAGGGUUCCAACCAGAGGCUGACUGACAACUCAUGGGGCCCCCAGGCAAUAGGGGAUCAUGGGGUCCCUGUGUCCUUGCCCACACUCAAAGCACACACACAAAAGCCUAUAAAAGGUAACAAGGGCAUUUCAUGGGGCCCCCUACUGACCCCAGGCCCUCGGGCAGUGCCCGAGUGCUCGAAUGGUCAGUCCACCCCUGCUUCCAACCUGUUU